AUGGAGUUAUCAGCGAAAUUAUCUCUUGAGUUCUCGACAUUCAUUACAAAAAAUGUUGAAGAGUUGAUUGGAAUGCUUCAACUAACAUCUUGCAUGGCAUUUGAUCCACCAAAAUUAGAAAAGCAAUACGAAAAUUCUUUACAAUUUGUCAACAACUCAAAUUCAUUGAAUCACUGUCAACAACUUCAAACUAUUUUGAAUAAAAUUAAAUUGGGCAAUAAUUGUGAGAAAUUAACAAAAAUUUUAAAUGAAAUUGUCAGUGAAUUGAGAUCAAGUCAAACAUUUUCUUGUCUUAUGAAUUUUGUUGAUGACACAUUUUUUGAAACUUUAAAUGUCCACACAAUGAUGGAAAAAUUAAAAUUUGAUGAAAAACAAUUGAAAGAAAUUAAACAUCAACUUCAUCGAAGUAAACUUGAAGCAAAAGAACGGGAAAUUGAAAUGGAUGAAGAAAUCAAUCGAAUGAAACAUUUAAUAGUGCAACGAGAAAUUGAGCUUGACAUUGAAUAUAAAUUCGCUGAAAAAUGGAUAAAUUCACAAUCAUGUCAAGUUGAAUUUAAAAUAUCUCAAGAAGAAAUGAAAGUGAAGAAUGAAAUUUUGGAUAAAGCUAAAAACUUCUUCGAAAGUGAUGACGCAAAUAUCAUGACUUGUAAAUUCUACACCCGACGAAUAAAAGAAAUGACUGAGGAAGCCAAUUUCAUCAAUCAGCAGUACGAAAAACUGAUGACAUCUCUCGAAACUAAACUUCAAAUUGUCUUAAAAGAGAAACAAGAAAUUCAAGCAAUGAUUCAGGAGGAAAAUAAUAAAUUUAAAAGUAAAAAGCAAGAAAUUCGAGAAUUUAUAGAAACGAAGCAACGAAAAAUUGCCGAAGAAAAGCUCAGAAAUUUGCAAUCAAUCAACAUCCUCGUGAUUCAAGCUUGGUGGCGCGGGCAAAUGGUUCGUCAUUUCUUUGGAAAAUUCAAAACAUACAAAAAACAAGCAAAAUUGAUUAGAAAAGAAUUUAAACUGCUUAGAGAAAAUAAGAAAUCAAAAAAGAAAUAA